AUGAUCGUACCGCGAGAUGGUACGCGCCAAGGAUCUUUGGGUGUGGUGGGGGGGGUCCGCCGCUGCGUAGUGCCCUGUAUCGAAAGUUCGGCUACCCUCAGGCUUGGGCCCGACGCUCUAGCGUUGAAGGCCCGCCGACAUUUGGGAUUGGUUGCGCGGUUACAGUACCAGCUCGAACGCGGUCUCAUGGAAUUGUCCCAUCGGAUGCCCUCCAGCUAA